CUAUUUGUGGCAGAGUUUUUCUUUUUCUUUAAGUUCCUUCACUGCCUUUAUGUAGGGAAUUAGACUGCUGAGCGGUUUCGCCCUUGCAAGGAACGGAUGCCGCAGAAGUUCUUCCGUAUCAGCUCUGUCUUCAGGUUCGACUACGAGGCAGCGAUCAAGGAAGUCUAAGAAAUCAGGAGAAAGCUGAUCUCGUCUUUUAAUUUCUGGUUUUCCAUUCUGCGCAAUCAGGUAGAUUGCCUUCAAUGGUGUUUCAUGAAGAUACGGAGGCUCUCCAUCAAUCAUUUCCAGCGCCAUGAUACCAAGCGACCAUAUGUCCACUUUAUAAUUGUACCGCUUUUUAUUGAGAAUCUCAGGAGACAUCCAAUACGGGGUUCCGACAACGGUGUCUCUUUUUGAUCCCGGCUGAAUUUGGGCACAAAAACCCAUGUCAGUAAGUUUCACCUGACCAUCCAUUCCAAGCAAUACAUUGUCGCUUUUUAUAUCACGAUGUACGAUAGAAUGGCUAUGCAGGAAAUGAAGCGCUUUGACACAUUCCUUAAGAACGGCUGCAAUCUGCCCCUCAUCCAGUUCCGUCUUCACAACGACAUCGGUUAGGUUACCGCCUUCCAAAUAAUCCAUAACCACCCACAAAUCAUCAGCAUCCACCAGAUAAGAUUCAAUGUAAUUGACUACGUUCUGCAAAAAAUUGUUCGAAUAAUCUUGCUGGAUAGUAUUAUCAAAAAUAUUACUACGGUCCCUUUAACAACUUACAGGGUGUCGGAACUGUUUCAUCACUUUGAUCUCUGUUAGUAACAUUUCUUUCUUUGGCUGUGUCUUGAAUGCCAUUCGUUUGACAGCAACAACUUCGUUAGUAUCAUUCCGAUUCGCUACGUAAACCGUUCCGGAUGCCCCCAGACCAAUCUGACGUUUUAUCUCAUAUUUUUGAAGGGGAUCUCCUUGGUUGACGAUUUGUCGCAGUUCUUCAAGCACCUGUGUGUCUGUCAUUUUCUCUUUCGGUUGGGACCGAACUCGAACGGGUUCUUGCUCAACGAUAGCUUUGGGUUUAUCCGCUUCGAUGAUUGCGGCGACGGCGGCGGCAUUUUCUUUAUCAGAAUAUGACCGAUUCUCUACUUCCGAUGAAACGUUGCUGGCCACGCUACCAUUGGACAAAGAGUGUCCGAUUGAAUUCGUGUCCGAAGACGUAACGGAGACAAAUGGCGGCGGAGAAGCGCAUGUCGACGACGCUUUCAAGUGCGCAGGCUUUGGAGGAACCUUUGGUGGAACUUUGUGGAUAGUGUUUGGAGUCUGGGAAACUUCUCCAGCAGCAGCCUGUAGCACAAUCUCGAACACUAUUGAACGAUGGGGCAGGAGAUGGAACACCACGAUCGCCCAUUGAUUCAUCAGUGGAAGACAAGCUUAAUCCUGCAGGUUUUGAGCCAGAGUUCGAUAUGGAUCCAUUGA